AUGGUAUGUAGUCCCUUCAAGUCUUAUGCCCUCACUAGCGUAUAUCUUGGACUCAAGACCGGUUGGACUUUCGGCGCGUCCUUGUUCGGAUCUAUCUUAGGUUUCGCUAUUCUCAAACCCUUGUCAAAGGCGCUUCCUGAGAAGUUCGGUGGUGGGUAUUUCGGGCCGAAAGAGAACGUCUGUGUCCAGAGCGCAGCUACUGCUGCCGGUUCACUCGGACUACUUUUCACCUCUGGUUUUCCGGCCGCCUACCAGCUUGGUCUUCUUGGUUCAUCACCUACUGCAGAUUUCGGUCGCCUAAUCACUUUCACAUUCGCGGUCGCCUACAUUGGGAUCUUCUUUACAAUGCCCCUCCGGCGUCUCUAUAUUCUCAAGCUGAAACUGGUGUUUCCGUCCAGCGUUGCAGCCGCCUUCACUAUCCGCUCUCUUCAUGUGGGAAAGAAUGCUGCUGCUGUCGCAAUGAAGAAGACGUGGACGCUCGUAAUUGCCUUCCUCAUUGCCAUAACCUGGAGGGUCAUUUCAGAAUAUGCGCCAGGAAUUAUGUGGGACUGGCACUGGGGCUAUUGGUUCUACAAAGCUGGCUGGCACGGGAUCAUUGGUGCCGAGAACUGGGGUUGGAUCUUCGAAUGGACUCCAGCCUUCAUCGGCGUUGGUCUCCUAGUUCCACUCAAUGCCUCUGUAAGCUUCGCUAGUGGUGCCGUUAUUGCUUGGGGUAUCAUCGGGCCUGCCAUUGUUGCUGCCGGAGUGGCAUUUGGGACUCCUAUGUCCCCCGACUAUCCUGGCUACGUCAAUUACUCGAACAUGAUUCUUGACGAUCCUGUAAAUGCACCUUCACCAAAAUACUGGUUCAUCUGGCCGGGAUGCAUGUGUCUUCUAUGCGCAUCCGUCGGCGAGAUUGCAGCGAAUUACAAGUCAUUACUUGCCUCCUUCGCCAUGAUGCUUGAGCCUAUUAUCGAGAAGAUACGUCCCAACAAGCAUCUCGACAUCAACAAGGACGGAGCACUGUUAGAUCCUGUCCCGCUUAACGAGCAGACCCCCUUCUGGCUGUGGGGAGGCGGAACUGUUCUCUCAACUAUCAUGUGCAUGAUUGUUAUGAAGUAUCAAUUCGAUCAGAACCCUGGAAUUACCUUGCUCGCAAUCAUUAUUGCGUUCUUCUUCUCCCUCAUUGGUGCUGAGUGUGCAGGUCGUGUCUCCGUGAUUCCAGUCACGACUCUCGGCAACUUCUCUCAGCUCAUAUUUGGUGGGAUUUCGAAAGGCGCUGGUCAAGCUGCUGCAGUGAAUCAGUUGAAUAACGGCCUUACUGGUAUGAUUGCACUCGCUGCUUCCGAACAAUGUGCCGACAUGCUUGGCGAUCUCAAGACCACGCAUUUACUCGGAGCUUCUCCUCGUGUUCAGCUUUACGCACAGAUGGUUGGUGCACUUGUUUCCAUAUUCCUGUCGGCUGGAAUGUACGUCGUGUUCACGAAGGCAUACCCGUGUAUCAACGAGCUGUCAACCACCACCUGCUCCUUUCCUGCCCCGGACGUGGGUGCCUGGCGUGCCGUUUCUAUCGCCGUGUCCGCACCUUCAUUGCCGAUUCCCAAGACUUCCGGGAUCCUUUCGAUCGUUCUCGGCGUGGUUGUCCUUCUACAGACCUUCGUCAAGUACAAAUUUUUCACGCCGGACAAGCAUCACUGGUUCCCGAACUGGAACGCAUUGGGCAUUGCCUUCAUUCUUGGCCCGCUCUGCACGUACCCGAUGGCGAUGCUGUUUGGCUCUAUAGUAGCCUUCGUUUGGCGUAAACGAGCGCCGGCUCACUUCCAGAUGUUCGGAUACGCCAUUGCUGCGGGUGGUAUUGCAGGAGAAGGUCUAGGCGGUAUUGUUAAUGCAGUCCUCCAAAUUGCGGGUGUUUCAGGCGCCGUCAAGGGUACUGCCGUUGGAUGCCCAAUGAACGCAUACUGCGGUUGA